AUGGCAGGAGAGAAUCAGACCAAUGACUUUGAGUUCUUCCUCUGGGGCCUCUCUGAGAAGCCAGAACAGCAGCGUGUCCUCUUCCUGCUGUUCCUGUGGAUGUAUGUGGUCACUGUGGUUGGGAACCUGCUCAUUGUCCUGGCCAUUGGCACUGACACACACCUCCACACUCCCAUGUACUUCUUCCUGGCCAGCUUGUCCUGUGCAGACAUCCUUUUCACCUCCACCACCGUCCCCAAGGCCCUGGUGAACAUUCAGACUCAGAGCAGAUCCAUCUCCUAUGCAGGAUGCAUGACUCAGCUCUAUUUCUUCUUGACCUUUGGAGACAUGGACAUUUUCCUCCUGGCCGCAAUGGCCUAUGACCGCUAUGUGGCCAUCUGCCAUCCUCUCCAUUACAUGAUGAUCAUGAACUACCGGCGCUGCACUCUCAUGGUGACUGCCUGCUGGACUCUCACCAAUCUUGUGGCUAUGACCCACACCUUCCUCAUAUUCAGACUUUCCUUCUGCUCCAAGAAGGUCAUUCCUGACUUCUUCUGUGAUCUGGGACCCCUGAUGAAGGUGUCUUGCUCAGAUACCCAGGUUAAUGAAUUUGUGCUCCUCUUCCUGGGGGGAGCAGUCAUUUUAAUCCCCUUCAUACUCAUUCUGGUCUCUUAUAUCCGCAUUGUUUCAGCCAUCCUCAGACUUCCCUCUGCCCAGGGAAGACGCAAAGCCUUCUCUACAUGCGGUUCCCACCUUGCUGUUGUCGCCCUGUUCUUUGGGACGGUAAUCAGGGCUUAUCUGUGUCCCUCAUCUUCUUCCUCCAAUUCAGUGGAGGAGGACACAGCAGCCGCUGUUAUGUACACAGUGGUGACUCCUCUGCUGAACCCCUUCAUUUACAGCCUGAGGAACAAGGACAUGAAGGGUGCGCUGGGGAGACUUCUCAGGGGCAAAGUCUCCUUCUCAUUGUACUAG